CGACGGUAGUUCGCUCGCUCGUUCGGCACACAGUCGAACUCCUUCGCCACUGAACGACGGACGGUUCGUCGUCGCCGUCGUCGUCCUUAUCCACGAGAGACCGGGGACCAUCUCUUGGUGCGAUCACCAUGUCGUGCGUCAUGAUCGGCAUCCUGAUGAUACUCGCGUCGAUCGCGCGCAUUUGCGCGGGCUGCCCGUUCUGCGCCAGGCAACAAUUGCAGCAGUUGCAGCUGCAGCGUUCGCAGUCGCAGCAAUUUUACCGGACGAUCGGCAGCCCGAGACCGUUCGGUGUCGACAGGCCGAACCGCGUUCAGGAGUUCAACCGAACCGGCGUGUUGCACCCCGAGUACCAAAUACCGGCGACCAUCAGGCCCGGCAACGUGUCUCAGUUCUAUUACCUGAACCCACGGGAAGGUCCACCUCUCACGUUACUCGUUAGCCCGUGCAGCGGUCCGAUAUCCUGGACGGUCAGUUACGUAGAACCGCCUGGAAACGAUCAAGAUACAGAAGCGCAAACGCGAUGGCCUGUAAAGACCCUGAAGCCGGGAUCGCCUCUCUUCAUGUACAAAGGCGCGGAGGACCAAAAUUUCACGAUACCAAAGACGCGGGCCGGUCUUUACUGGUUCGAGAUCAAAUCCAUGGAACCCGCGGGACAGUCGCCAGGCACGGUACUCCUGUACGCGACCUCCAGCGCCCUGGACCACAUAUCGGACAUGUACGUUAACGGAAAGGAGCAUCGGCAUCGCACGUUGAGAUUUCAACAGCGACGAAGUAAACGGCGGCUCACGAUAUCCUGGGGCAAGAGCCAUGUGGAUCCUCACCUCUCGAACUACUGUUUAGCUGUCACUUCGGGCACGCAGCCGCAUCCAUCGACGCUCUGCGCCGCGCAGAACGUUCUGAAAGCUUAUUCGCACUCGUCGCCGAGAACCGGCUCUUCCUCGAAGGAGCAUUAUCAUCGGGGCGUUCCGGAGGGUCUGUACUGCGUGCGGCAGACCAAGCUGACGCUUCACAGGAUGCGAUACGACACUACGUACAACUUUACCCUAUACGUGGUGAACACUCGAAACAACGUCUCCAAUCGAGUCGCAACCGACGCUAUCAAGUUCAAGAAGACGCCGGAGCUGACGUUGCGAACUGGUCGUUACACCACGGCCAAUCUGCGGAAGACUGACGGUUUCGUCAAUUUUCGCUAUCGUCCACCGGACAACACUUCAAGCACCUUUCACAUACUCCCCUGCGGUGGAGGCAUCGUGAAGGCGAAAUUAAGCGGACAAGGAAUACUGCGGGAAAAAGAAGUGGUCGGAUAUGCCUCGUUGCGCGUACCUCCUCUACCCCCCGGUAAGAUGUACACUCUACGUAUAUCGGCCACACCGCAGGAGCUGGUUCGAGUAUCCACCAUAAAAGUGCUGGCUACGCAGGAGUCGUCCACCAUUUAUCCGCAACGAAUUGGGCAUUUUUUUACGCAGAUACCGUCCAAGAACCCACCGCGGGAGUAUCGAUCUCUCAGAACGUGCCACGAAGUGACGAUAGGCGUGGAAUCGGCCGGUGCCGCGAAAUAUUGCAUUCUGGUGAAGGAGCUGCGGAGUUCAUCAUCCUUGUCGAGUGUCACGACCGUGCCGGAUCAGUGCGGACUCCAUCGGCGUCGGCGGUCCGAGUACACGUUCGAGGUGUGCGAGGAGAAGCCAGACUCGCCGAAGGAUCGGGCGCUGACGUUCACUCUGAGAAGACUGCAACCCGGCAAAGCUUAUCUCCUGCAGGUCACGGCACAGUUGAAAGGCCAGUCCUUGUCCUAUCCGCUGUUGGGUGUGCGCACACGACGUUCCUGCGUAACGUAAUCCGCAUGAUUCCUAUUAAACGAAGUGUAAGAUCGACGCGACAGUAGUCUAUAGAAGUACCGUUGGUGACUUCUAUAGAACUGUCUGUCUUCUCAUCAAAUAAUGUAUAUCACGAGAGAGACGUCUACAAGAUUUCAAAGAUUGGACGUGCAAGUAAUUUAUCUUAAUAGUGACGCGAGUUUCAGAGAUCUAUCGGAGUAAGCAAAUCGUGUCGAUGUUUUAUAUAAAUUUUUGUUAGGUUCUCAAAUUUUAUUUAGGUAAAUACAAAUGGCGACCAUUUCCGAAACGAAUUUCGCUCGAUACAUAUCUCUUCUUUUAUUUUCGCAUGUGAACUAUAAUAUUUUAUCUCGGUAUUUGCUUGCCAACAAAUUGUGAGAAUACUGAGCGCAAUGUAAAAAUAAUACACGCGACGAAAAGUUACUUUUGGAUUUAUUUACGAUCGGUCGCAGAGGCACAGACAUCUAGUCUAGAUUUUACGACACGUAUCAUACAAGUUUACAUAUACACACAAAUAGAACACACAACCACAUGCCUGACAUCCGCGGUAAAUGCGAAUUGAUCACAAGCGUACAUCAACGUAUACUUUGAUAUUUGUAUAACGGUAUGUAUACAUUUUUUAUACAUUUAAGUUUUUUUUAUACGUAUUCCUUUCAUCCUAAAUAAGUACAAUGAAUAUUUUUGCCAUUUUUACGACUAUCUGUAGUUGCGAUAGACAAACUCGAGAAAACGAAUAAACAAAAAUUUAGACA